AGUGGACUGAGGAACAUCUUACAUAUACCUCACCUCACUACCUCAGUGUAUAUUUUAUUUUUAUUUUUGUAUUUAUAUAUACAUAUAUAAUUAUAAUAAUUAUAUCAUCUGUAUCUAAACCCUGCACCAUGACUCUCACACAUUUGCUUUUCAAACCCUUAAACCCUAUUAAAUAUCAUCUGACUCUCAUUCAAAUCCCUCUUCUUUCCCACACACUUUCUCAUUUUUCACUCACCAAAAUCUUUCACUACUCAUCAUCAUCAUCAUCAUCACCAUCUUUGUCUUCACAAUCCAAUGUUGAAGUUGUAGAUAAACUCAUUUUCAUUUUCACACAGCAACACCCACAAAAGUCUUUAACACAACUCACCGAUUUCGAACCAAGAAUCACAACAGAUAUAGUCGAAGCCGCACUUAAACGCUUCAAGAAUUGGGAAUCUGCAUUAAAGUUCUUUACUUGGGCAUCAAAUCAAUAUGGGUAUUCUCACAAUUGUUAUACUUACAAUGCCAUGGCAUCUAUACUAUCAAGUGCUCGACAAAAUGCCGCAAUGAAGGAGCUUUUUGAUAAUUUGGUUAAUUCGCGGUGUUAUGUUAGUCCGGGUGGGUUGGGCUAUUUUGUUAGGUGUUUGGGUGGGUUAGGGAUGGUUAAAGAAGCAAAUGAGUUGUUUGAUCAUGUUAAGAAAAUGGGGUGUGUUCCGAAUGAUUAUAGUUAUAACGCGUUAUUGGAAGCUAUUUCGAAGAUGGGGUGUGUUGAUUUAAUGGCUGUGAGGAUGAAUGAGAUGAAGGAGAAUGGUUGGAAGCCGGAUAAGUAUACUUUGACAUCGGUUUUGCAGUGUCAUUGUACGGCGGGUGAGUUUCAAAAGGCUUUGGAAGUGUUUAGGCAUAUUGAUGAGGUUGGUUGGGUUGAUUCGUAUGUUUUCACGAUUUUGGUAACUUCGUUGACUAAAGCGGGUGAAGUGGAUAAAGCGAUUUAUUUGAUUGACAAGAUGGAUGAUUUCAAGAUUAGCUUGACUGAGAAGACCAUUUAUGUUUUGAUACAUGGGUUCGUGAAGCAUGGCAAGGUAGAUUUCGCCUUAAACUUGUUAAAAAGGAUGCAAACUUUGGGUUUUGUUUCUGGAAUUUCGCUUUACGCUGUACUCAUUGAAGGGCUUUUCAAAAACCAAGAGAAAACAAAAGCUUUAGAAUUGUUUUCCCAGAUGAAAGCAACAGGUAUUCGCCCUGAUGUUAGUUUACUUGAAGUUAUCUUAUCGUCUUUAGCUGAUGAAAAAGAGAUAGUGUCGUUACUAAGAGAGGCAAAAAGUCAUGUUAGUAAGAAAUCCAUGACUCGUUUGUUUAAUUCUGCGUUACUUAGAAUGGUUAAAGAUGGAUCAAUUCAUCAAGCUUAUCAUCUCGUGCGAGAAAUCACGAAGGAUAUGUCUGAUGAUGACACAUAUUUUGUUUCGCUAGAUGCCUCUUCUUAUGGAAUUGUUAUUGAUGGUUUGUGCCAAAAAGGCGAGUUAGAUCUUGCCCUAGAGCUUUUCAAUGGUAUGUGUUGUCAACCAACUUUGCUACUUUUCAAUAAUCUGAUUGAUGCUUUUAGUAAUGCAAACAAAGUGGAAACAUGUCACAAGCUUCUUAAUGAUAUGAAAACAAAUCAAAUUGCACCAUCACAGUUCACCCACAAUUCUAUAUUUGGAUACUAUUGCAAGAUUGGGGAUGUGGAUAGUGCCGUAAGUAUCAUGCAUGAGAUGCGUACUCAUGGGCAUCAGCCGUGGAUCAAACAUUACACCUUACUUGUGAAGAAGCUUUCCACAAAUCGAAAAGUGGCUGAAGCAUGCCACUUUCUAGCAAUGAUGGUGGAAGAAGGUUUUGUUCCUGAUAUAAUUGCCUAUGCUGCAGCGAUUGAUGGUUGGUUAAAGAUAGAAGAAGUAGAUUAUGCUUUGAAAAUGUUUAGAGACAUUUCUGCAAGUGGACGUUGUCCGGAUGUUGUUGCAUAUAAUACUAUUAUAAAUGGUCUCUGCAAGGCCAAACGAGUGUCUGAAGCCCGGAAUAUAUAUGAAGAAAUGGUACAAAAGUCCCUUAUUCCCUCUGUUGUGACCUACAACUUGUUAAUCGAUGCAUACUGCAAAAAUGAUGACAUUGAUCAGGCGUUAAGCUUCUUUACAAUGAUGACUGAGAAAAACCGGAGACCUAAUGUUGUUACUUUCACAACUUUAAUUGAUGGGUUAUGCAAUGCAGGAAGAUCAGAUGAGGCUUUAUCAAUCUGGAAUGGAAUGGUAUGUUCCCCGAAUAAUAUAACUUAUAUGGCCCUCAUUAAUGGCCUCUGCAAAAACAGAAAACCAGAUAUGGCCUUAAAGUAUUUUGAAGAAAUGGAAGAGAAGAACAUGAGGGCAGACACAUAUGUAUAUGUGACAUUAAUAGAUGCCUUUAUUUCUGUUUCAAAUGCUCCCAUGGCCCUCCAUAUUUUAAGAAAAAUGAUUCAGAAUGAAAAGCUGCCAGGUUCGCUUGAUAAGAACUGUGUAGUUUUGAGGGACGCCGUGGUGAAAUUGUUGGAUGAUGCAUCGACUUCUUCAGAAAUGCAGACAAUCAUUGCAGACAAUAGUCUUCCAAUGCAUUUGCUGCAAACAGGAGAAUCAUAGUCAAUUAGUCAUAUUCUUAGCUUUGUGGGCGGAAAUUUUAGCAUUUUAAAAGUAUAUAUUAACGGUUUUUCAUCUUUGGGGGCUCAUUUUGAAGAAUUAAUUGGCUCCCUGUGGAACUAGUUAUUUGAUAUGCGCUGUUUUGUAACACAGUAGUUAAAUUUUUAGAAAUGUAGUUUGUGGGAUAUUUGAAAGAGCUAUGUAACCAAUUUUUACAAGGUAAA